AUGGAUAACUGUUCGGACACCUUUUCAAAUACUUUCAGACCUGGAAAUGUGUCUAUAUCAGUUAUUGAGACUGCUAUACUGAGUAUUUCAUUCAUCCUCAACGCUAUUAUUUUCGUCAGUAUUUGUUGCAGUCCGCGUCUGCACACAUUCUCAAAUGUAUUUGUUGCUUCACUAGCUGUCAGUGACCUUCUAUUUGCCCCAGCCUAUGGUACGUUAUCAGCAGGAAAUCUAUAUACUGUAAACACAAAUCUACAAUUGCCUUGUUCCCCAGCCUUUCUUUGCUCUAGUUUAUAUGUAGUGUCUUGCACCAUGAUCUGCAGCCGACUUUGUCAUUUGGUUAUUUCCGCUGAACGCUGGUUUUACAUCGCCUGGCCGUUCGUACAUCAAAGAGUGAUAACUUCUAAAUUAAUUAUCUGCUGUUUGAUAUGCGUAUGGUUCAUAUCGAUGUUAUCAGGCGUGCACAUAGUCACAGACUGCAGAUCCAGUCCUACAGAGUUUAUGAUUGGCUACGCUACAGUAGAUGCCGCCUUCCACUUUGUUGUAGGUGGUUUAAUGCUGACCAUUUAUGUGCACAUCGGAUUUAUCAUUCGACGUCAAAGUGUAGCUAUUCAUAAAUCGCGACUGGCAGCCAACAACAACAGAGGUGAAACCAUAUAUAAUCGAAUGACCUGGAACAUCGUUCGCAUGCCCGUUACUAUAUUCGGAACAUUCUUUUUGUUUGUGACGCCUAUUGUCAUCUUUAAUAUUUACUUUUUUGUAAGCAUCGGAAAUCCGUCUUUUAAUUAUAGUAAUUCAACGUUUGACGCUCUCAAAAUACUAGCCGUGUUUCACACCUGGGCCAACUUCUUUGUGUACGUUCUACAGGACACAGAUUUCAGGUCGGUGAUCAAAUUAUGCUGCUCAAAAAUCACAAUUGCAAUUUCCAGUGAAAGAAUUUAUCCAGUAAAUAAUUAA